AUGGAUUACUGUGACUCGAUAAGUGAUUUAAGUAAAGUCAUGUACAUUGUGAUUUUGAGAGCAAAAAGUGAUUUCAUAGAACUCUGGACUUACCCGUUCGUUCUGUCAUCAAGGAACUGGAUGAGGCCGAUUCCAUCUCACGACCUGCCCGUUUUGGACCUCAUCGAAUCCAAAGACAAAAGGUACGAUCCCAAACCGGAAGACCUGAAUCCUAAGCAUCUGAGGGAAAGGUUAGGCAGGGACUUCGACAAGCAGUUCAUGAGCGAGACGAGGCCCGUGGAAAGCAUCCUCCACCCCAACGGAACGGUGGAGUUCAGCUUCAAGCACACGAGGCGAGGCAAGGUGGUCCCGGCCUCCAAGAUGCCCAAGGAGAUCCGGCACUUGAGGCUCCACUCCCUGAAACUCCCGGACGGUUCCCGGUUCCGGAUGAAAGUGGGCAAGAAGAUGCGUCGCAAGUUCAAGCAGCUGCUCUGGGCGUACACCUACUGUCCGGUCGCGUACCGGUGGAAGGACUUGGGGCUCAGGUUCUGGCCCAGGUGGAUCCGGGAGGGGUCCUGCCUGACCCUCGGGUCCUGCUCGUUCCCGUCCGGGAUGUCCUGCAAGCCCCACCGGUUCGUCCGGAAGACGGUGCUCCGGUGGCACUGCCAGGACUGGAGCAAGAGGAGAUUCUGCAAGUGGAUAUCGGUGAACAUACCCGUCAUAACGGAGUGCAGCUGCAGCUGUUGAGAGAGGGAUGGUGUCCCCGUAACUGUGAUCGGAGUGUGGACGUCGCAGCUGCAGCGGCGAUUCUUAUCUCAGGAUUUUGAAGACGCCCGAUUUCUUGUCGGUGAGUUAUAUUUCCAUCAUAUUCUUUCAUUCUGUGAUCAAUUAAUUCUUCAGAGCAUAACAAUGCCGGAUCCUUAAUUUUUCUGAGACAGAGCAAAAGUUUGAAGCUGCCGCCCUUAUCAUCUUCCUUCUAGUUUUUAUGUCAAAUUUCAAAAAAAAAAAAAAGCAAAAGAAUAAGGCGAAUUUGCAGCUCCAAGAAAGUUGCCAUCCGAUGCAAGGCUUGUUCCCCCCUAGAUUCGACCCUGGGGAUUAAUUUCUAAUUGAAGUGGACGAGCAAUGAGGUCUUCAGCGUACGGGGUUUCAUGUGUAAAUAGCCGAAAUCCCGUCUCAUAUGUAACAAAUUUCAUAAACCUGAAAGGAGCUGAUCGCCCAUGCAAAUUCAUCCCUGCUUUUAAGCAUCAAUACAUCACAUCCCGGCAGCAGUGACCUAACUCAAAAAAAAAAAAAAAAAGCACCGGAGCAGGGCCAUGGAACGCCAAGACAGGCCCCUUCUCAGCUAGGUCCCCAGGACCCCUAUCCCAUAUGCAGUGCCUGAUUACUGAAUUGGCCAACUCGGCCGUGGCUUAGGGCCUCCACUUUUUCGGUUCCCCCAAACUGCUAAAAUUGUUUUAGCUUAUGGCUAAAAUUCUAACGUUUGACUACCGGGAACGGGCAGGAAGGGGGUAGCAGAAAAUGGGUUUGUUUUAAAGCAUCCCAAUAUGUUAAACAGGUAAAGUCCAUAAGAAUAAUAAAACCAAUGCUACUCAGAAUCCGUAACGUGUCUGUAAGGGCCGGACUCCUAGCUUUCGACUUGGCUGACAUGGCCU